GAUCUUGGGGCGCUAGCUCAGGACUGCCGGCUCAUGGACGCAUGUCGCGGCGGUCGCUACAACUCGAGCGAGGGACCGCAGGUCUGCGGCACCAACGGCAACACCUACCUGAACCUGUGCCAUCUGCGCUCCGUCGUGUGCCAGGGGGGUGCCGUGAGCCUCAAGCACGAGGGGCCGUGUCUAGCUACAGAGAAGUGCUGGGACAAGCAGCGGGCGGCACAGCAGGAGUUAGCAGCGGGUGCCAAGGGCGUGUAUGUGCCAGAGUGCCAGGCCAGCGGGCUGUUCGAGCCUCUACAGUGCCACACGGACACCGGGUACUGCUGGUGUGUCCUGCCCGAUGGCACCCUGGUGGGGGGGUCCGCUAACGGCGCGCGCAUCAAGGACCUGAACUGCACCGCUGCUGCUCAUGCAGGAGGAUGUCACAAGUCGCGACGUUUCAUCUUCGUCGAGAACGUCGCACGUCACAUCCUCGACGAGUAUCAACGUCUGCCUUCGUCUCCACGUCAGUCGCGUAAAAAAACUAAAAAAGCAAAACGUUCAGACCAGCUGACGGCGGCGUUGACGUGGAAGUUCAACACGCUUGACGUCAACAGCGACGGGCGCGUGACGGCGCGGGAGUACCGGGGCAUCAGGCGCGUCGUGCGGCGCAUCGUCAAGCCCCGCGCCUGCGCCAAGCUCUUCCCGCUGCUCUGCGACGCUGACGCUGACGCUGCCGUGUCGCGGCGCGAGUGGCAGCAGUGCUGGCGCGCUUCAAUCCAGCCCGGACCUGUGGCUCGUAAACCUCCUGGUACCACAACCCCGCGCCCCAACCCCCGCAAGUGCACCCGCCGGGGGUGUAGGACCCCCACCACCCCCACCACCCUCCACCACCCCCACCACUCCCCACCCCCCCUUAAAAAAGCUAUGCGCGGUACCGUUGCAGGGGGGCAGGGGGCGACGUGCCGGGAUGAACGCGUCAAGGCGGAGCGCCAGGCGCGCAGUAGCGGCAACGGAACCGUCUUCGUACCGGAGUGUGAUGACCGCGGCCGGUAUCGCCGGUACCAGUGCUUCGGAGUGCCCGAGACAUCAUGGUCCCUUGACCAGUUGACAGGGUCCCUUGACCAGUUGACAGGGUCCCUUGACCAGUUGACAGUGUCCCUUGACCAGUUGACAGAAUCCCUUGACCAGUUGACAGGGGCGGGUGGGGGGCAGGCGAGGGAGGCGGGGGUGGGGCGGGUGUUCGCUGAGCUCGACGCGAACAACAACAACAAAAUAGACCGCAGCGAGAAGAAGAUGCUUAAGGAGCGAGUCAUGAGCAUGGAGCGGUUGCGUCGCUGUGGUCGGCACAUCCACAAGGUGUGCGACGCUGACGACGACCGAGCGAUCACUGCGCUCGAGUGGCGGACCUGCCUGCUGGGGGGGCCGCCCCCCCACCCCCGCCACCCUAACCCCAAACACCCGCGACGCGGCAACAUAACGGGCGCUGCAGCGGAGAAGAACUGGCAACUCAUUAAUCCCUUCGAGGCGAUCCUUAAGCCUGAGGAGGAGGAAACUUGAAAUCCUACGAGUGCAAGACUUCAAGCUUGACCUUCAUGUCCUUAUGUCAAGCUUAGGACUUCCAUGUCCAUGGUCAUGCUGAUGCGCCGCCUUCGUCGUCCGCCGUCGACGUCGCGCGGUGGCUGCCAGACGUAUUGCAUUUAGCUUUCACCUGCGCUCUAUAGGUUUAUGAAAAUUAAUACGAUUAUAGGUCAUUAAAUUAGGUACCUACUCACUGCAAAUUUUUUUUGUUUUUGGUGAUAUUAUUUAAAAUUUAGGCAGCUCCGGGGAGUCACAUGUAGCAAUUGCGUGGCCCGACAAACGAACCUUAAUGACAAGUAUUAGUUUCAAGUAUCAAUUAAACUCUAUUUCAUAUGUAAUUGGUCUUCAAUGCGAUGAAAUAUUAUUGCUAAAAGCGAUUCUUUAUGAACGGAUUGAACAAAUUAAGCGACUAGUCACCAGCGAGAAUUUGUCACAAAAAUCAUUUUCUAAAGCUACUUAUCAUUUCCUCGGAGUUUAUUACAAUAUUCACUGUAAUAAUAUUUAUUAGGUAUUAUUCACGACCAAGAAACCAAGAUAGAUGUUCCUCAAGUUAAUUAGAAAGCUGGACGCGGCAUUUCUGAAGCAAUUUUUUCAUCUCUCAAAGUUUCUGGUUCAGUAGACGAAGGUUUGGUUUAAGUGAAGGCAUCCUGAGCCUCAAUGUGAUAUUUUAGCGAUAAUCUUGCGGCGAAAAACGCAUGUUAGUUUAUCUUAAAGAGGCCUUGAUGACACGAAACGCGGUGUUGGUGACACGAAAUGUGGCGUUGGUGACACGAAAAGCGGGGUUGGUGACACGAAAAGCGGGGUUGGUGACACGAAACGCGGUAUUGGUGACACGAAAUGUGGCGUUGGUGACACGAAACGCGAUGUUGGUGACACGAAACGCGUUGUUGGUAACACGAAAUGUGAUGUUGCCAUGUUGGUGACACGAAAUGUGGCGAUGGUGACUUGGUUGCGGCACGAAAUGUCACACAAAAGUGUUGACACGAACUGUGUGGAUGUUAAGAGAAAAAUUGCUUAUUAUGACAGGGUAAAUAUGUGUUCUUGAAUAUAGUGCAUGGUAUGGUGUUGAGAUCAUCUUAGGAUAUGAUGAUUUUAGCGGCAGAAGAUGUAGUGUUGAUAGUCUAUUAUAAUGAAGCAUUGAAGGUAAUGACGAAUUUAUUGAUGUUUGAAAUGUAUGGCGCUGAUUUGACGAUAUCGAGGGGGUAACUUUGUGGAGUCCAUUUAUUGGUACGGAAGUUGUGGUACUUGGAAUUAAUAAACGUUUUUUUUGGAAUUAUGUAAACUUUUUUGGUGGCGUAGCAUGGAGUUCAUGUCGAAAUAACAACAAAUAACAUAAAAAUUAUGUGUUGAAUGAAGCAGAUGGCUCGGAAUGUUAUGCUGAGUUUUGACACGGCGAAAUAUCGUUGUGUUGGAAUGAAACAAACGAGAAUUGUAUGAAAAAUAUUAAUGUUUAUGCGAAAAGAAACAGUGUGAGGGAUUGUCGGCUCGGUUGAGUGAAAUUUCUAGUCUACGUGAGAGACGGGCGAGCUAAAUACCUUAAGUCUAAGUCAUGUUCAUAGCGACUAUCUUAAGCGGGCACUGCUAAUUAUAUGUUAACGCACAUCAAGCACUUUCCCUUCUUUAAAUGUUUAUAAUUUUGUGCUGCUUUGGCGUUAACAAAUGUUAAAGCUUUCAGCGUCCAAGGCGUCGUGACACCUAAAACGUAACAAAAAGAACUACAUUCAGAUAAAUUAUGACACUUUGUACUAAUAGCGUUGAAAUUUUUUUUUUUUUUUUUUGUCACCCUGACCCAUCUUGGCUUGGCGAAAGGGCCUAUCAGUGCUACGCGCAUAAAGUGUGUAUGGACAUAUGACACAUUCGUUCCCUUGAUUGUACGUUUCCUUAAAGAAGUCAAGGUAGGCAAUUCAAGCCUCUGAAUGCUGCGUCUGGACAGUCAAGAUAAACACUCGUGUCACCUUCCUAGAGAUGCCAUUCUUACCUAAUUGUUUUAGCGGUACACAUUAAAAUGUCUUUCACAAGAGAGAAUUCUGUGAAAAUUUUCAUCAAACAUUAUUCUCAAGCUGCACAAGAGGGAAUUCGGAGAAAUUUUUUGUUAAAAAAUGUUCCCAAGCUGCGCCAUAGAUGUUCUGUUGAUAAUUUCUUAACGUUCAUCGACCGUCGGUUUUGGUAAGCAAUGCCAAUCAAUUAUUAAUAUUAUAGAGCAUUAAAGUACUCAUUGUACGCUCUAAAAUUGUACUUAAUAGUAAUUAAACGUUUUAUGUACAUCAGACAGAACCGAUAAUAUACAUAAUCUACUGCGCCGAGAGCGGAGGCUUGAUGUUUGACUAAGAGGAGCUUGAUCCUUUAAUAUUAUUUGAUGUUAGCUCAUAAGUGAUGUUUCUAUGGCUGUAUUAACUGUAUUAAUAUUAACGUUUGUGUAUAGAUCUUCAUAUAUUAAGUGUCGUAUAACAUUUACGCAGAUCUAGGACCAGAUAUAAAUACAUCUGAAUUUUUGUCUGAUUUGCUACUGCACAUAAAUUGGACAUUGGUUGCCUUAAUUUAUAAAGCAAGCUCAAACACAAAUAUCUUUAUUUUCAACCAAAUUGCUUAAUCAUCAAUCAAAUAUCUCAUCUUCAAUUCAAAUAUCGUAUCUUGAAUUCACAUAUCUUUAUCUUCAAUCAAAACCGAACUUUUUUAUCAGGAAACUUUCAUCGUCUGCGUUGCCGAGAAUCAAAAUUUCCAAGUCCAAGAAAACUUUGGACUAUUUGAGAGAAUCCGAAUCUUCCAGAUAUAAUGUGUAAAAAUUACAGAUAUAUUGUGUACGAGUAGUAUUGCUUUAACCUAGAGCCUCCUAAUUGUCGAUCCAGUUAUAAAAUUAGAGAUAUUACAAGCAUAUGAGGCAAUAAAAGGUGGAAAACGUAUGAUCAUGCAACGAUUAAAUGGGAGACUCUAAAGAUCUACUCGUUCAUAUCAUUAAAUGUUGUAUAGAUAAGCACGGCUUCGCUCGGCCAGCUAGUUAGUGCAAUGAAAUGAUUAAGUUGUGCUUAUGAAAUAUACUUAGCUGUACAUCUAUGAGGCUGCCACCAGAACUCUAACCAUAAGCGUCCAAAAAAUGAGUUACCAGGAUUCUCAAGUAAAAUUUCUGACAUAACAAAAUUAUUUUCCUCACCUAAAAAUACUAUAAAAUAAAUGCUUUUUUGCAGUAUUUCCUGGCUAUGAUAAUGAAAUGGACAAACGUU